AUGGCAGAGGGUCAAAAAUCAAAACCCAAAACUCCCAAAUUCUGCAAACUUACUAAUGAGUGUGCAAUCCUAGUCAUAAUAAUGCUGAACAAAACGAAUAUGACACCACUCUCAUUCAUCCUUAAUGGGAUACCAGGACUGGAGGAUAUGCACCUCUGGAUUUCUUUCCCAUUCUGCACAAUGUAUGUUGUGGCCAUGGUAGGGAAUUGUGGACUGCUUUACCUCAUUGGUUUUGAGGACUCCUUACACAGAUCCAUGUAUUACUUUUUGGGUAUGCUUUCAUUUACUGAUCUCGUCAUGUGCUCUAGCUCAAUCCCUAAAGCUCUUUGCAUCUUCUGGUUUCAUCUCAAAGAAAUCAGCUUUGAUGAAUGUCUGGUUCAGAUGUUCUUCAUUCACACCUUCACAGGGAUGGAGUCUGGGGUACUCAUGCUCAUGGCCCUGGACCGCUAUGUGGCCAUCUGCUACCCUCUGCGCUACUCCACUAUCCUCACGAAUUCUGUCAUUGUCAAGGCUGGUCUUGUAACUUUUAUGAGAGCAGUGCUGCUCAUCACUCCCUUGAUUUUCAUCACCAAACGACUACCCUAUUGCAGAGGGAAUAUAAUACAUCAUACCUAUUGUGACCAGCUAUCCAUUGCCAAAUUAUCCUGUGGAAAUAUCAAGGUUAAUGUCAUCUAUGGUCUGACCAUCGCCCUUCUGAUUGGAGGAUUUGAUAUCCUGUGCAUUACAAUCUCCUACACCAUGAUCCUCCGGGCAGUCGUCAGCCUUUCCUCAGCAGAUGCUAGACAGAAGGCCUUCAGCACCUGCACUGCCCACAUAUGUGCCAUUGUGUUCUCCUACAGUCCAGCUUUCUUCUGUUUCUUUUUUAACCGUUUUGGGGGCCACACAAUUCCUCCAUCUUGCCACAUAAUUGUGGCCAACAUUUAUCUGCUCUUACCCCCUACCAUGAACCCUAUUGUUUAUGGGGUGAAAACCAAGCAGAUAAGAGAUUGUGUCAUAAGAAUCCUUUCAGGAUCUAAGGAAACCAAAUUCCAGAGCACCUGA